GAAGCAUCCCAACUCUAAACAGGCAAUUCCCGAGCAGCCUAGUAAAUAUGGCAUCUAUCAUCCGUUUACUCUUUUCUCUCACAGUCUCCGCUUUGCACCAUCCUUCUUCAUCCCAUAAUCAUGGAAUAUACACAGGCACGCCGCAUCAAUGUGGAAAUCGUCCGGAAAAUCAGCACGUCAGAAGACGAAAUACUAGCAGAUAAAAUCGACUUUGACCUGACCAUGGACAGUGUGCAUCAGUGGUACGUUCAAGUCCGGGGAAAGCUCAAGAAAUGGCAUUUACAAGACCUUGUCAAUCUUGAACUCCCUCAUCCUCCUAAGGACGAUUCCUCCACCUGGGAGAACUGGAAAUAUCUAUCAGAUUGCGUCAAAAUCUACAUACUUCACAACAUACCAAAGGGAUAUAUCUUCGAUCCUCGCUUUACGCCGCAGGCCACGGAAUAUGCCGACGUCCUAUUAAAGACAUGCCUCAAAAUCGCCUCGACUCCCAUUGCUAAAAAUUUGGUGAUACGGUACAGGGGUCUGAUGGACUUUAGCCAAAGCGCUCCCCAUGGUUUAUACAAGGAUGACGUUGAGUUGUUGGCAAGAAUAGUUUCAUCAUGCAACGAGCUGGAUCCAACGUUUAUCUCGCCUCUUCAGGCUACUUGCAUUCUGCUUUCGCGACUCUCAAUGCGACAUUCGGAAGGGAAAAACUACGCGCACAUCGUCUAUGCAAGGACUACCCCCGAGGAAGCCUCGAACAUGACCUGGGACGACUUCAACAAGCUUUGGGAGGAGCUUUUGCAUAUGAAUAUUCCUUGAGAUGCCCAUGGCUGAGACGAUGUUUUGGAAUUCAUCUUGCUGAGGACGGAAAUAGGAAGAACGAAUGUGAAAUCUAAGAUGUCUUGCUGAGAGCAGUCCGACUCAUUUUCUUUACUUGUUGAUGCGUCUUUCGUGUACAUAGUGC